AUGUGGCUGUGUACUCUCCUUCCUGUUCUCUUUGGCUGUGUCUCUGUGUCUGCUUUUUCCUCACCAAGAGCCUGGCUGUUGCCAAGGCAGAGGCCUCACUUUGACCGUCCUGGGGAUGUAAUUUUGGGAGGCAGCUUCCCCAUCUUUUAUCUCUCUAUUGGUACCCUGUCUGACUUCACUGUCCCACCAUCUGGACUGUUGACUUCAGACGUUUCCAAGUGGGGCUACCGCGUGGCCCAGAGUUUCGUCUUUGCCAUCGAGGAGAUUAAUAGGAGUGCUCACUUGUUGCCCAAUUUGACUCUGGGCUUCUCCAUUCGAAACUCUGCAGACUCAGUGCAUGGAGCCGUCCACGAGACAAUGAGCUUUCUCUCGAGGCAGGAGGAGCCCAUCCCCAACUAUACCUGCCAGCAUGGCUCUCCUCAGGCUGCUCUGGUUGGGGACACACGAUCAUCCCUGUCUGUCUCCAUGGCCAGACUUCUGGGGCUGUACAAGUUUCCCCAGAUCAGUUACUCAUCCUCACUACCCAGCCUCAGUGACAAGAUCCAGUUCCCAUCUUUCCUUCGGACCGUGACUAGUGACUUCACAUCUUGCCGAGCAGUGACCCAGCUGAUCAUUCACUUUCAGUGGUCCUGGGUGAUCAUUCUGGCCCAUGAUGAUGACUUUGGAGAGCAGGCCAGCUCUCUGGCCAUUCAGGAACUGAGUUCAGCUGGUGUGUGCAUUGAGUUCGCCCUCCAUGUCCCUUCCCAUGAGUCCAUGGAGAAGAUUGGAGAGAUUGUCCAGAAGAUGCAGAAAUGCACAGCCAGGGUUGUUCUGGUUUUCCUAAGUAAUUCUAAUUUCCUGCUCAUUCUUCAUGGCCUACUGGGUGUCCCUGUCUCAGGGCAGGUCUGGGUCAGCAAGGAUACUACGCACAUGGCACUUGCCCUGUCUACUCCAGGCAUUUCCCAAGUAUUGUUUGGCACAUUUGGCCUUCUCUAUUACAGCAGCAGGGCUAUUGGCUUCCCAGAGUUCCUUGCUAAUCUACGCCCCAGCCAGACUCCAGAAGACAUGUUUAUAAAGAAGUUUUGGGAGUUCACCUUUGAUUGUACAUGGCCCCACCAGAGCAGCCCAGUGACAGAGGGUGUCCAGCUUUGCUCAGGGAAUGAGAGUCUGAUAAACAAGCAGUAUCCUUUCCCAGAAGUGAGUAAAAUUGAUGUUGCUUACACAGCUGUCUACAGCAUUGCCCAUGCCCUGCACGACAUGAUAACCAGUGGACAGCAGGAUGGGAAAAGUACAGACUCCCAGGACUUCCAGCCCUGGCAGCUGCUUCAAGCUCUUAGGAAUGUGCACUUCAAGACUCCCGAUGGAAGUGAAAUUAUAUUUGAUGCCAAUGGAGAUUUGGUGAAAAAAUUUGACAUUUUCCAAGCGCAGAAGACCCCUAAGGGUAUAUUCCGCUUGGUCCAUGUAGGAAUGAUAGACCCUCAAGUCUCUUCGGGGAACAAAAUGAUGGUCCAUUUGAAGAAGGAAAUUCAAGUGAGUUGCCUGAAUGCAGAUAUGACUCUUGUCCUUGUAUACAUGAAGAGAUGUCUCCUGUGUCCCAAGGAACAGUACUCGAGCCACACCAGAGACCGCUGCCUGCCCAGGACAGAGAUCUUCCUGGCCUUUGAGGAACCUCUGGGAUUCAUGCUGGCUUUGGUGGCACUCUUCCUGGCUGGUCUGGCUGUCCUGGUUCUGGGAGUGUUCCUGAAGCACAGGGACACCCCCGUGGUCAGGGCCAACAACAGAACCCUCAGCUACUUCCUGCUGAUCUCCCUCUCCCUCUGUGCCCUGUGUGCCUUGCUGUUCCUUGGCCGCCCCAGUGUCCCCACGUGCCUCCUGCGUCAGACGACCUUUGCUGUGGUGUUCACGGUGGCCGUCUCCUCUGUUCUGGCCAAGACUCUCACAGUGGUCCUGGCCUUCAGGGUCACCAGGCCAGGGGCCAGGAUCCAGGUGUGCCUGAGACCCACAUGUUGGGAGGAGAGGGCUGAUUUCACUAAUUUGUUCUGUGACUUCCUCUUGCCACCCGAAGCACACACAGUCCUCCAUCUGCAAGAGUGUGAAAAGCGUGAUGAGGGGAUGAGGAUGUGA